CCUCAGUCGACUCAACUACGUAUCUCACUAGAACACACUGGAAACAACAAAGAAACAAACACAAAUAGGGCGAUGUCCGACAUAAUUUUAGCUAGCUCGAGUGAUGUCAUCGAUUCCAGAGAUUCUAUCGAAACAGGAAGCGAGUCUUUUGAGCCAGUUUCUAAAAAACAGCGUAAAGAUGAAAGUAACAUUGAAAAAAACAAAAAUGUAGACGAAAGACUGGAAACUCGACUAGGGGGUAUUUUGUGCUGUUCCGUUUGCCUGGAUCUACCUUCCAGCGCAGUGUACCAGUGCUCUAAUGGUCAUUUAUCAUGUGUUGGCUGCUUUAACCAUUUGCUGGCAGAUGCUCGUAUGAGGGAUGAGACUGCAACUUGUCCCAAUUGCCGUACAGAAAUCAGCAAAACUUUGUCUUCCAGAAACUUAGCUGUGGAAAAAGCUGUUUCUGAGCUCCCAGCUCAGUGUCGCUUUUGUUCAAAUGAAUACUCCAGAAACACUGUUGAGAAACAUGAAAAGGAGCUUUGCGAGGAAAGGACCACUAUGUGUAAAUUCAGUCGUAUCGGUUGUCAAUGGCGAGGCCCUUUCCAUGAAGUCUCGGUUCACGAGUCUGUGUGUGUUCACCCACACAGAAGCGGUGGUGAACUAAUGGAGUUUCUUCUCAACAUGGAUGGAAACCAUCAGGAAGAGAAGAAACUCUAUGGAACUCUGUUUGAUUUACUCUCAUUCGAGAAAAUUGCAUUCAGUGAUGUUCAGCUGAAACCGUACCGAACUGAUGAGUUUAUUCAUAAGUUAUAUUAUGAAACCAGUCGCUUUUACGCCUUCAGUCAUCAGUGGGUUAUUAAAGCCCGCAUUAACGCCGACCAGAAGGACCCUACGCAAUCAUCGGAACGCGGAAUAAGUUACCAGAUUGAAACACGCCUCCGUGCGCACGGGCAUAAAUAAUAUAUGGGCACACGCGGUAUAUCUAAACAAUUUUCUUUUUGAUAAUUUAUUUUUUUCUUCUUCUUCUUCUUCUUCUUAUUUUUGGUAUUUAUUUGUGUAGAGUUCAUUCGCUUCUUUAUUUUUCUUGGCUUCUUGUUGUGAUUGUCGUGUUUCGAAGCGGUCGUGAUGUGCGUGAAGGUGCGUGACUGAGAUGCGUGCGACAGCCAGCAGAUCGCGCGCGCGAAGGACGACCCGAAAACUCGUUCUAAACAUCGUCGGGAAUUGUAUCUAUCCGUCUUUUGAAAUAGACGAUAAACAAAUAUAGUCCACCGUAAAUAGGAAACUAAAAAAAGAUGAUGGUAUUCACUAUGACAUUGCAAUUCGAUGGCGGCCUUCAACUGCAAAAUGGGAAGAAAAGAACACAACAAAAUAGUGAAUAAAUAAUUUAUUUUUUUCGUUCUUUCUUAGACGUUUUUUUUUUUUAAAUCCCGGUUAGUUAUUUGACAAUAUUUUCGGCGAUUCGGUCGACUUGUUUUUGUUUUUUUUGCUGCCAAAACUUCCAAUGUCGUUCAUUGUUGUUUUUCCCUUAUUUCGUCUCGGUCUUUCCCUCUUUUUUUUUUUUCAAUUGCAAGUUCCUUUCUCCAUCAUCUGUCGUUGACUCGUCAAAGUCUCGGAGACUUUGACUUCCAAAGAAGCAACGACCGCAAAGACACAAGUCACUGCGUUUUUUUCUUUCUCGCUUGUUAUACCGAAGCGCGUUCGAAAGUGUCGGCAACUCGACUAUGUCUUUUUAUUCUUAUCUCUCUAAGAUCCUUCUACAUCUUUAUCCGUUCAUCUGCGAUGCAUUACAAGCCUACGCUUGUCUUUCAAUUCCCCGAAAAUACAUUCACCUUUUUUUGUUGUUGCUGCUGUUGUUGUUGUUUCCUCCACAUUGUGAUAUCGUGUAUUUUGCCGCAUAAGGCCCCCGUAUCAAUCGUCUUAGAGGAUCUGGCAAUCCAGAGGUAUUAAGCGCGGCCAAUGAAUAGAAACUUCAGUUGUCUGCUUGUAUACGUGUGUCUAUGCCACUCUGGCUUGUCUUUUGACAUUUUCUAAACGUCAAGAACGCGCUCAACUGCAUCGCUUUUCCCCGUGUCGUGUGUCUCUAUGUAAUCUUUUUUGAAAUUUCGUCCGUGUCAACUUUGCCUCUCCCCAUCCGUGUUUCUGAUGGGAAAUAGCAGAUGGGAAGAAGAGCGAAACAAACAAGCUAUGAAGCAAAACUUUGGUAUUAUACAUAUACAUGUAUCAUGGUAAUAUUAAUAUGGGUCGGUAUCGUGAGAACGUAACGGAAUAAAAACAACUCGAAUCAUUUAAAAACCUUCUUUUCUUUUCUAUUGUACAGAAGAAAAAUGAAAAGCAGUUUGAUCAGAUUUUUAAGAACGUAUAAUUUGCUUUAAGUUAUUGUCGUAUUCUUAUACGUCUUUCGUCUGACCGCGAUCACGCGUGCUCUUGCCCGUCUAUCCCCCUUCGAAAAGGAAAGUCUCGUCGCUUACAAUGCCACGUAUCAAUAUUGAUUGUUGCACCGCUUCUCUAUUUUUUUCCAUUCCCUUCUAUCCCGUCUUACAUAAUACGACACGAACGAGGGCAACAAAAAAAAAAUAAAAGAGGAUGCGGGAAAAAAAUCCAUUGUGUCUCACGGAUUUGUUGUCGCCUAACGUUAAUGCCGGACAAGCAAUCACCCCCCCGCACAACAACAAAAAGACGUUGUUAAUGGCCCAAACAUCGUGAACGAGUUGCUCAAUAGAGAAAAAGGGGGAAACUCUUCUGCGUGUGUGUGUCCCAAUUGGCGCGGUAUAUAUCAAACGUGUACACUGUACAUGUUUAUGUGGCCAGUAUUUAUAUAUCCAGGCAUGAUGAUGCAUGGUGCAACCCAAAAACUUUUGAAUGAUCCGGUGACAUGAAAGGGCUGUACGUCCCCAUCGCCGUUCCAGCGUCUAGCGGCUCGGUCUGCAAUGGUAGAUGGAAUUACAUGUAUAGCCUUUAAAAGAAAGAAAGAAGAAAAUAUUUGUAAGCCUUGCUUGUCCUUCCUAAAUGCGACGGACAAGGACGUGCCGCUUGCCUGUGGUAGCAGCUGACAAACAUUGAGGCUGGCCACCAGAAUGAGGAGGACAAGAAAAAGAAACGAAGAAGAGAAAAGGGGGGAAGGAGGGGGAAUCGUGACAUGAUCUACCACUCUAUUCCAUUUUCCUUUUCUUGAAACGACUCCUGUUGGACUGCUGAUGGUCGCUUCUUUCUCAAUAUUUAUACACGUGACAUGGCCAUCGAUCCCAGCCAAUCUCGCAUUCCGUGUAGAAAAAGUUUGUAUUAUUUUUGUGGGGUUUUUUUUCUUCUUUUCUUUAUUCUUAUAGCUCAGCUGCGUGUGUGUCUUGAGAUUGAUUUGAUUCCCAACUCUUCCUAAUCGAUACAGUCAAUAACAACUGGCGACAACCAGGGGAACGGCUGAUGUGUUUCUUCUGGUUUUAUUCACUUUGCAUUAAAUACGAUUCGUUCGGAGAGAGAGGGUCAUCUGCUAUUCUUGAUGCAACGCAAUAUCGGCAACUGUCUAGAGUGGACGUUAAGCUCAUCGUGCAUGCAGGUGCGCUCCGUCCGCACCGUAAGAGAGCAGUAUCCCUUUUGCAACCUGUUAUUCUCCUACGUUUUAAUGAGGCUCUACCUGGUGUUAGUCAUUCUAUACAGAGAAGUUGACGUGAGACAUGCUGUGUUAUUCAGCUGGCAAUUAGACAUUGUUGAAAAACGAAUGAAACGGAGUUUAAAAAAUGAAUCAACUAAUUUGCGGAACUACCUUCACCUGGGUAUGAUUUGGUACAGGUUUACAGUGUUACGUAAACGUGCUGGCUAUCAAUGGCCGUACAUAGGUGUUUGUUUAUUUAAUGGUGCCACCAAUUCGGAAGAGGCGACUCAAGCAAUAGGAGACGGAUGGUAAUCGGGAGUCUGGAAAAGAAAAGUUUAUGGAACACAAUGGGAAUAAGAGGACUGGUUAAUGUACCGAUUUAAAUAAAGUACAAUAACAUAAAAAUAGAUGAUGGAGAAAAAAACAAAUGGCAGAGGGGUAAAAAAAAAAAAGAUUUAAAAGAUAAAAAGGUGAAAAAAAAAGAAAAUGAAUUAGAAAGAAAAAAAAAGGUAAUUUUUCAAAUUGCUGUAACUUGCCAUAUCUCCGGCUAUGAGCUCAGAACAAUCUCUUUUGUUUUGUUUUUUUAGUUAUUAUAAUGAUUUUCUUUUUUCUCUCUCUUUUUUUAUUUUCUCUCUCUCUCUCUUAUUUUGAUUUCCCUUUCCAAAACUCACAAACACAAAUAUUAUUUUCUAAACCCCCCACCCCCCCCACAUUUUUUUUUCUACCAACAUAGUUUCUUGGCCCAGUCCCAUAUGAACAGGUGAUUAUAACUGAAAUGAGAAGUGGGAAGCACAUCCACGGGGCGUACUGUUUUUUUUUUUUUUUUUUUCAUUUUCGAAACUUUUUCUUUUGUAGACCUUUUUUUUUACUCUUUCUUGUAUAUGUUUGUAUAUGUGUUGGAACGUCCGCCCGGGUUCUUGUGUGUAUGUCUGUCUAAGCGUUAAUUCAUUGUAAUUUAUGAGUGAAAAAAGAAAGAAGGAGAGAGGCCAUGAUGAGCAGAAGGUUAUACUACCCACACAGAGAACGUGAUUGGUGUCGGGAGUCGUAAUCAGAAACAUAUAGAACCUGUAGCUGUCUGCCUUUUUCACUCUGUGUUCCUCCCUCUUAACGGCGUCGAAACCCGAUGAUGUUUGUGAUUUUCACUCUCCAAAAUUAUAGAGUUUCGUAGAAAUCCUGCACGAAAAAAAAGAAUGAGACCAGUGCAGCAGAUCCCUCUCGUCAGCUCCCGACAUAAUCCAGCGCGUUGCACUAUCAUGCCUAUGCCGAGUUCUCCAUGUUUUGCUCUCCAAAAAAAAAAAGAUGAAACGUUAUUUUAAAAAUGUAGUUAAAUAGACACGCAACUGCGAUCUGUUUCGGUCGGUAUGUCGAUGGACGGAAGAGGGGAAAACAACAACACGACUCGGAGUUUGUGCAGGAAGCGGAAAGGGUGUGUUCUUAAUGCGUGUGUGGAUAUAUGCACAACCCAACAAACAUUUUUUUUUUUCGAAAUGGUUUGAGGGUAACAUAAAAAAAAAAAGAACAUGUCGGAUUUUUCUCCAUCGUAGGUAUAAUAUGUGUCUACAUCAUCAAAGCUAUACGUAAAAUAAUAGUCUAGCUCUAUCUCGUCACUUGUGCGUGAUAUUUUUCUGCAGCGCUUCUAGCAUGAUACCGGUACGCCUACUCUCGUUACACACACACACAGAGAACAACAGUAACACAUAAAUAAUAAUAUCCGCUUUGAUGAAGCGCAUAACACUGUCUGGGACAUUUUUGCUAUGUGCCACAUGUGAACUGGGAUAUUAAUCUCUUCAUGGAUAUUGAGAAAAUUAAGAUGGGCAAGGGUAAUAUAAGGAAAAUAUGCAAAGAGUCAUUAUUUGGUGACUAUAAUAUGAGCUAUUGGUUUUUUUAUAGUAGUUGUAGAGAAUUUGGGGGUUUUUAUUUGAGUUUUGUGAUGUGACGUUCAAACCAGACUUUUCACUCAGCUCUCAAUUUAUGGAUAUUAGACAUUGUAUUGUUUUUUAAAAAUUCCUUUUUUCGAUAUGGAGUUAUAACAUAAUGAUGGCUACUUCGUACCAGCCAUUUUCUUUAAAAUUUUUAAUUGUUUUUCUUUUGUUUGUUUCCAUUGUAUUCUAAGCCGUCCAGUUUUUGUUUCCUUUCUUCAGCAACAUCAAUGAAUAAAGUCGUUAUGAUUGCAAACGAUUGUUUUCCCAAGUCUUUCUCGUCCGCUUCCUUGGCCCUACUAUUAUUAUUAAGUAAUAAAUAUAAUAAUGGAUUUAAAAAUAUACAUACAGUGGUGACCAUAAAAAGAGAUAGGGUUGAUGCAGUGUGAAUAACAAUCGAGCGGUAUACUUUUUUUCCUUUUUUAAAAUUCAGAAAAUAUGGGCUGAUUCUUCGUUGACAACACACACGAAAACAAUAAUUUAUAAGAUAAUAGUAUAGUAAAAAAAAAAUAAAAAAAUGAUUCUCUUUCAUGGCUGUUUUGUUUCCUUUUUUAUCAUUCUCGUGCAGAGAAGCGUAACAACACCAAGCCGUGCUGUCUUUAUUGUUCUGUUAUGAUAUCACACUGGCAUCGUCGCUUGUAUUAGCAUAUCGAAUGUAGAUAUUUUAGCCCGGUGGUGUGGUCAGAUGUUUUUCAUUUUAUUUAUGUUUUCUUUCCCUCCCUUUCAUUUUUUUUUGUUUUUGUUUUUUUUUUCGUCGUGUUGUCUCCGUGAGGUGGACAUCCGCUUGCCGUCUGCUGCAACUCAUUCACACUAUUAUACACAACAACAACGUCACAAGGCUCAAUCGUGUGUUUCUUUUUAAAAAUACAACAAUAACCACCGUUGGUUAUCAUCUUUCUCAUUCUCCAUCCGCCCGCGUCUCCGGUAUCUAUUGUUAGCGACAUCCAUUCGUGAAUCUUUGUUCCCGAAAAACGUUUCAAUAUUUUAUCAUUCAGCUUAAACUUUUCCCUUUCUUUCUCUCAUUUUUUAAAAAAACACCCGCUAGAUUCAUCAUUCUAUUAUUUUGUCCGCUUCCACCAAGAAUCGGAGGGACCGUUUCCCAUUUAUAGUUUUCAAAAGGUAGAGAUGUGAUAGAUAUGAAAAGAGACAUUGUGUUUUAUUGUUGAUUGUAAUCGCAUUGAAUUUGUUACAAGGCUAAUAGUGCCACACAAUUCUUUUUGCUGGUUGCUGUUUUUUUUUUUCUUUUCUUUUAAAUGCGAAUAAAAGUGAAACGGUUGACCCGUUUACACAUGUGUAUAAACCGUAUAGAACUUAUUUUCCGUUAAAUUAUAGUAUAUCCAUUUGACCUGUUGUCGUGAUUGCGAAACACUUCAUCGGACUAUGUUAUUACGAUCAUUUUCACAUUUUCUCUUUCAACUCCAAAUUGGGGAGAAGUAAGUGUCUGUUCGUGUUUGUUUUCUGGAUGGGAGGAGUCCGAAUUCGUGUCUUGUACAAGAAAAAUGGUUGUUAAUAUUUCAGGGUUAAACAUAUGCAGAGGUGAACCCAUUUUACAUUUGACAAUCUCCUGUUUGAAAUUUUCAUUCCCGUCGCAGAUGUUUCCUUAUUAUUCGAUUCAUUACGGCCAAUCACCCUCAGCUUUAGGUUUCACGGUUUUAAUGUGGUGAACAACAUCCCUUUCUUCGUCCAUCACAAAGAUUGAAGAAUAGAAAGAAGAGGCGGAGUUGAAUAGGGGGAGAGAUUGACAGCCGGGCAUAUACAACUUGAUAAUAAUAAUGAUAGAGAAAGUACAGAGGGAAAAAGGUGAGUAGUUAUAAGGUGGUUAGAGGCGCACCCCCCUGGAAAAACUGUUUUGUAUACAUCCGCAUGCCAUGAGUCUCGUACAAUAUCGAUGUUAGACCUCCUCUUUUGAGCUUCCAGCUUUUAUCCAACGAAUGUGUACGUGUAUACCAAGCUGCUUUAUGUUUGCUUCCCUUUCUUCUUGGCCAUUUACUAACACUCGUUUUCUUGUAUGUCCAUCAUAUGCUAAUACCCCACAGGCUCUGGACGUGUCCCUAUGUGGGGGCAUUUGUAGAAGAUGAAGAGGCCACAUCUCGUCUUUCACUAAAACUCGAGUUAAGACAGACCUAUACAGUCACAAAUGUUAGGCAUGUUUUAAUCCUUCUAUCCUGAUGAAACCACCCCGAAACACGUCACGCAACGUAGACUUGUUUAGACUUGCCGGAAAUAGUCGGCACAGUAUAUAAGACAAGACUCUCGAGACUUAUAGGAAGUAAAGAAACGCUACUUUAAUUUGUUUGGCGUGGAUGUCAGGGAAUUAUAUGAAAGAGAAAAUGACUUUAGACAAUACAGUUGUGGAGGAGAGAGGGUGACCUGUGUUCACCUGGUUGUACAGCCCUAUCAUUAUCGCAUUGAAGCAGUAGAGGAAUGAACGAUGGAUGGUCUGCUGUGUAUCCUAUCCCAACACAUCCAACGAACAAAACAAAAAAUGAGAUUACAUAGAGAGGGUUAUUGGAUAUUUAUUUAUAUAAUUUUAUUAAUAUUUUUUGAGGCAGGAAAAACUUCAAGAGGGGAACGGUGUAAAGAAGAAAAAUCGUGGAAAUCUGAUUACAAUGUUUGACGCCCAACUGUGUGCAUUCCCUGAUGAUUCAUCCAUCUCUUUUAUUUAUUAUAUUCUUACAUUUUUUCUUGUUUUGUUUUUUUUCGUUUCGCUCUUUUUUUUUACUAGGGCUGAACGAUCUUCUUGACUCGGCCACUUUGGGUAUUAACUUUAUUUGAGUUGUAACAAUAAGAAGCGAAAGGCUCUGCUGCCGAGAAAUGAUAAAUAAUGUACAGUAGGCAUUUAAUAUUGAAGGAGGAUGUAGAAGGGCAUAGAUUAGAUUCUUGGAAUAGUUCCUCCACCUCAUUUCUUAUUAUCUCAAUCCAUCUUGCGGAACAGUCGAUGAAAAAUUACGAAACCAGGCAAACCAGAAAUGCGGGGGGAAAUAAUAAUAAAAAAACCCGACUAUGAAAUCAAAUCAAAGAAUUACCUCGGGAAAAAAAAAGAGAUGAUGACGCGUCGCCAAGGUUUUGGGUGAAAUCAAAUAAUAACAAAUAACGAAAAAAAAAAAUAAUAAAUUCGGACAGCAGUUGAGAGCGGAUAUCCGACAAAUGGCCUUGCUGUCACCAUGGAUCCAUAGCGGUUCGCUCGUCGUGAAGUGUUUCAGCUGGAAAGUUUUGACUUCCCUUUAUUAUGUUGUGUGCAUGUACACAACAUUCAGACAGUCUAUUCGCUUCUUCUUCUUUUUUUUUUCCACGAAUAGUAGGUUGUCUGGUUGCGUUUUAAUUUAUUUGAUCGCGCUCCUUUCUUUCUUUUUUUAUGAUUAGAUUUCUGCGUUUGUGUCGUAUUGUUGUUGAUGGAUUCCACGGUCGUCAAUUUGGAGACGAAAAGACGACCAUGUCGUUGGCCUUCUUUUAUUUUUUCCCUCACAGGAUUGACGUCUGACUUUCUUGUGUCUCGUUACCAAACGACAGACAGUUAUGCACGACUACACGUCAUGCUGCUUGUAUUGCUGGAACUCUGUUCUCCUUUUCUCUCUCUUCUCUCUCCACAAGAACGGUGAAAUAAAGUAAGAAAGGACGUUCACGUUCACGCUAAUUUGAAAGGGAAAAAAUAAAAAUGUUUUUCCUCGAGGCGAAGAGCAAUGUCAGACACACAAACAAUACAGGCUCUGAUUUCACUGCAGUGACCCACACACAAACAGUUCUGAUGUAACGGCAGUCCAAUCAGACUGUCGCGCUUCUUACUUUCAUUGCGAUUCAGUUUGAUGUUAUUCAAACUGUACAGGUGUUGCUGGGAUCCAACCGAACUUUGUUAGCAGUUGCAUAAAUAAACACGUCUAAGUUAUUCCGCUUUUUUUCCAUUUUCAAAUGUUUUUUUUUUCUCUUUUUGGCCUUUAUUCAAGUGGCCGGCGAGAAAAAUAUGUCGUCCCUAUCGAGACUUAAAUCAGCCUCGUUGAGUAUAAAUAUAUUUAUACAAACAUAUACGAAAUACAGCGCGUGUGUUGUUAUAUAGGUGUGUGUGUUGGUGGUGGUGGGCAGCCCGUUCCAUCGUAUUUCACGUUGUCUUACCGAGUCUCCCUUUUUCCCCCCUCUGCGGUUUUCACGAUUUGAGCGUGGCCUUUUUUUUUUCUUUUUCUUUUUCAGGCUUUAAUAUAUGAGACGUGUAAACACCCGCCUCUCUCUCUCUCUCUUUUUUUUUUCUCUUUCUUUCUUCAACCCCCCCGGAUAAUGUCCCUGUUUUCGAUGUACUCCGUGCGGGAGGGGAAAAAAAAACUGGCCAACCAUUGCGGAUAAUGUCUACGCACGCAGGCCAGUUUCAUAUAUUUUAUCAAGUCCUCCACACACGAAAAAAAAAAAAAAAAAGCUAUGGAAUAUGUGUAUUCAUAGACGACGACAACGACGGGGGGUGUGUAUAGAGAGAAGGAAAAAGAUGGCGUUAGUUAUAUAUACACAGAGGACAGGAAAGAGUUCUUUUCUUUUUUCCCAAUUCUUUCGGCGUUAUGGAACAAGCCAAAAUAGAUGGAAAUAUCAGGAGAGAGAAGGAGGGUGCUAGUGGACAUAAAUAGUGUCCACGUCUGCGGUCCCUUCAUACAUACAUUAACGUUUUUCCUUUUUUCGUUACUUGGACGACGCGCCCACAUCGCGUCGUGCGCGCUGCACGGCCGUCUUUAUGAUGCUAAUGUCGACUGAUUGUUAUCCCGUCGACUUAUUGUGCCCUACUCGCCCGUUACGUCGUCAUAUAUAUUUUGUGUGUUUAUUUAUUUUUUUCUUUCACCUUUUCCCUUCACGCGUCCCUCGACAUAACGCAACCGAAAAGCCUUGAAUAUUCACGAAGAGAAAUCGAAUUAUUUCACAUCCUUUUUUGAUAUAACAUAGGCGGUUACGUCAAGCCAACGAAGAGCUGCAUAACCAAUGCUACGUGAAAGAUAAAGAGGCCUUUUUGAGAAGUAAACAGAAAAUAAAAUUUAAAAAAAACAACAAAUGAAUUAUGUUUAUUCAUUUGUUGUUUAAUUUCAUCUGUUUCUACGUGCUUUUGGCAAACGUAUUAGUGGCAACAUAACGCGUAGCAGUAGCCAAAUAUCAUUUUACCUUUAAAAAAAAAAGAUAAUCGAUGAAAUUCUUCUUCAUUCGUGGAACGCGUCUGUUCGUGAAAGCCUCUUGAGGUUAUAGUGACGAUGACGUCUAUUAAUCAGUAACCAACGACGUGAAUAAACGGCCUGUGCGCUAUUCCAUUUUUCAAACUAUUUGAUGGGCAGAAAAGAAAAAGCUGGAUCGAGGUCAAAUCUCUUUUCAAACUGUCAACGCGUUUCUUUGUAUUUUGUCGUCGUUGAUGGCCAACCCUUUUUUUUCUUUUUACGUUUACAAACCCCCUUUUUUUUUUGGGGGUGGGGGACUCAAAAGCUGAAGCUUUCGAGAGGAUCCGGUUGAGACUUGGUGGAGCCUUUGGAAAAAAAUUGAAAAAUAAAAAAAGGACCUGAAAAGAGAUGCUACGCGAUCAGCAGAUGUUCGUUCAUCGUUGAAAACAUGGUGCUCCCGCGUGAACUAUCCCAGCAUAACAGUGUUGGUUUCAAUCGUUGGUCACGGCCUCUUUUAGAUUCGAUGUGUUUGUAUCUAAGAAAUGAGUUGAGUCUGUAAAUGAAUUCGACAAAUGAAUGAUUGAAAAAUGAUUGGUUUAGCAACGGGGCGAAAGCCACUGAUGCGCAUUGACACGACUGUUUUCCUUUUUCUAGUUGUUCCAUCGCAUUUGAGUUCCUCCUCGUUUGCUCAUUUUGCUCCGUUCUUCUGUCGUGGAGACCCCCCACCCCCGUUGGCGGUUGUUCCACCUCCGUUGUGUUUUUAUCUCGAUGGUCUUGUUAUUGUUCUUCUCUCUCUCUGCGAGGGGUUUUUAAUUGUGAUCCAUUUCUUUCUUUUUCUCGUUCACGUUCGUUAUGGCUCCUGCUGGCCGUCCUUUUUAUUUGGGUUCUUUUCUCUUCUAUUACACACCGAGGAGGGUAGACGAGUCCAAUAUAAGAAAGGACCACAGAGAAAUAACUAAAAAAAAAAGUGAGGGGGGGGAGCAAACCCAUAGCGGGCUCUGACCAACCGUUGGAUUGAGGUGUGCUUAUACCCACAUCGUAGUGAAUGAUAAGAAGAACGCAAUGAAGGGCAAAAAAAGAAUAGAAAAAAAAAAGUCCGGCGAAGCUGAUUAGAGAGCCCAGGAGACGGACAACGGGAGCAAUUUAGUGGCUCAUUUCCUUUGCCUCUUCUUUUAUUUGUCUUAUCCUUCAUUCUCUUAUGGCUUUUUCCUACUGGUCAAACUCUGAUGGCCGUUGUUAUGGGCUCAAGACAGCAGGCAGCACCAAGUUGAAUUUCCUUUUGAUCCGCAAUGGCCUGUCACCGGCCCUAUAUCUUUACUUGAAAAAUGUCGAUUCUUAGCAUGUCCCUAUAUAAAGGAUCCAUGUUGAAAAUGGGAAAAGCCCACCACCACAAAACAAAAAAAAACAAAAAUAGAACUUGGGUUGCACCGUCCAUUGAGCCGGACGUGACAAGUUCGAGUUGCCGGAAAUCGUCCAUUAGAGACUGGGGAAAAGAAAAAAGGUCCUUGCAUAUAUAAUUUGUUGUUUUUCAAGUGUCUUGUCUGCCGUUUUGUGUGAAUAUACGGUGUGUGUGCAUUUGUGUCUACCUGGCCAGACAACGACAAACGACUUCUUUCUAAUUUCCUCCCUGUUCCUCCCACUUUUGUUGUUGUUGUUGGGUGGUAUGCGCCUUCAUGCCACUCAUUGACGAUGAGUGGUUGCACAGAAUGUUCGACUCUUCUUGUUCCCUCCACCCAAAGCAGCGCAGUGAAAAUGGGAAGCGGAUGAAUGGAACGAAUCAAUGGAAUUAUUUGCUAUGCACAAGUGGAGGCAGCCCAUCUUCCAACAACAAUUUGUUUCCUAUUGCCACAGCUCUCAUCAUCCGCCCAUUCUUGUCGCUUUUCUUAAUUCCUCCCCCCAUUUUUCUUUCCUCUGUGCAACGACAGCGGUUCAAAAAAACUGAACGCAGCUGUUGGGCUGGCUUUAACGAGGUAAAGAGCCUAUAGCUCCAAUGUUAAAUGCUUGUUUUUUUUUAUAGGGGAGAAAUAUGAUUGAGAAAAUUCUCAUCUCUAUCUCUUCUUGUUGGCCGUUUUUUUUAACGAGCCAACGAUGUGCAGAGGGGGGAUGAAUCUGCCCGUUUUCAUUGCGGGGGGCUUAUAUGUACACACACACGGUGUGUUAGAAGAACGAUACUGUAUAUGUGUUAUACUUAUUACUAUGCAGCACCCGGACGCGCAACUAUACACAACAGGGGUACUGACAUACCACACAAACCGAAUGGAAGAGCUGGAUGAAACAGUCCCCCCCUCCCUUAUUUUUGUGUGUGUACGUGAAUGUUGGGGUGCUGCUAUUUGAAGAGGGGGAAGGUAAAAAGGAAGGGGGGGUCCGGAAACGUUUUUUUUUCUGGGGUCUUGCCACGCCAUCCACACGCCGCAUAGAAUAUAUUUUUUAUACAUCUAACACUGUGUGUGUGUGUGUGUGUGUGUGUGGUACAUAUAGACACUCUGACAGGAUAUUCGCUGCCAUGAACAGAACAGAUCCAAUUUAAGAGACAAUCACCCGAGUUAUGUUGUUGGGUUCCCUCUCUCCUUUUUCUCAUCACGUUCGUUGUUGAGACUCUUGUUGGCGUAAUACUUUACUGUUUGGGGUUUUUUUUACUCUUUUCUGUGCGGUUGCUCGCGCUGUGCACCUCGAAAUGCCGUUCAAUAGCAACAACAACAUUGAACUCUACACACAAUUAGAGAGUGUUAUACUAUAUAAAUGAUGAUCGAAUCACCUCUUUUUUUCUUUUUCUUUCCCAAUUGUCCCCUUUUUUUUUCUCUUAGUCACUCACUUUGCUCGAGGUAUUUCAUUCUCACGCCGUUCAUUUUCUAUGAUUUUUUUCUCUUGUUGUGUUUUGUUUUGUUAUUUUUACCCACGCAGGAAAUCGACUAUAGUCGAGCUCAUUACCGGAGCACCGAGCAACCACCACACAUGACAGCUAACAAAAAAGACACUCUUUUUUUUCUUUUUCUUCUUCUUCUUCUUCUCUUUAAAAUGUGAGGUCGUAAACAUCCCGAGUCCGCACGCUCUGCCACCACACAGCCGUGUCUGCCCCCCUGCCUUCCUAAAAAGCCAUAACUGUCCAGCUAUUAUUAUUUUUUUUUUGCCCGGGUAUCCCAAUGCUUGCACACACAAAUUACGAAACACAUACAAAGACGACGUGAGUUAAGUAGACAAACUGAAAGCGCAGGCCAACAAAUCCCUUAACGAAUAUUUCCGAUUGCGCCUCUUCUUUUUCUUUUUUCUGACGUUCUGUGUAGGAUGUUUUUUUUUUGGUGUGUGGAAGCGUAUGGGGGGGGGUCUUUUCUAUACAAACAACAUAGACGAUAUAUCUACUCAAUGGAUAAAGGAUGGCACAACGAAUGGAAAAAACAACAAACAAACGGGAAAUAAAUUUAAAGGGAGAAACGGCUGAUAACGCAAUCGGAUUUCGAAUAGAAACAAAUGGUUACAAAGAAAACCUGUUUGAUUUAUAUAUAUUUAUUUGAAAGGUAUACAUGUUGCAUGUGCAAGCGUCGAGAAAUUUCGAUGACGGCGUCUAACUGUCGCGUCUGUCUAAUUACGGAUGCAAACACAGGUCCCCUAGUCGCACUUGUGUGUGGCCUUUUUCAGUCGAAGAAACUUCAAUACGCAUCUCAUAUUGUUAUGCAUUGCGUAUCUGUUAUUCAAUAUACGGUACCCCACUAAGCAUAAUAGUUUCUAUGUUGUUCGUAUUCAGUAUACGUGUGUACUGCAUUGGGCUGUUUAAAUUUAUUAUUAUCCCAGCAGACGUGUAUGUAUAUGUACGUAGUUAUUCUUUUUCGUACAGUAUACAGCGCUCGGGCUUGGCAAUACUUGCGCUGCGCACUGACUCACAUUAUUUUGAAUUGCGGAUGGGGCAUCUUUUCAUUCGGACAAUGUCUAACGAAUAAACUGAUGAAAACAUUGAGCUUUUCUCGGGAGGAACUUCGUCAGGAAGAUGAGCAUCCGUUCGUGAGUAUAUGGACGCAAACUUGGCAGACAUGUUGAUAAAUCUGUUUCCUUUUUAUUUUCCUGUUUCUUUUCUCUCGUUUUAUUUAUUUAUUAUUAUUUUUUUUUUUUUUGGGGGGGGGUUUGCAAGUUAAAAGAGUUUAAAAGCUAAACACAAAGUAGUCCUCCCCAAAAGAAAAGAAAAAAAAAUGGGGGGAACAUCAACCAAUCUUCUUCGCUUGUCUGGUUUGUGUUUGAACUCAUCGUCCCUUGAAGUCCAAGUCAGCGUGAUCUAUUAUACAGGCCCUUUUUUGCAUACAUAGCGAUAACGGUGGAAGGGGGAAAAAAAAAAAAUCUUCCGCCUUCUAUUUCACAGAAGGCGAGGCACACCGUGUGUGCUUACUGCUGCCAUUUUUUUUUAAAACAUGGUUCAAAAUGAAUUGAAACAAGAUAAUAAGCAAAAACCUUCUACGAAUACCGAUAGGCUCGAAAGACCUUUUUUUUUAUAUGUCGGCGUGAUUUGAUCAAUAAUCAAAGCUUCUUGUAAACUUAACAUAGUUGUUCCCCUUCUCGGAAAGGAUAGGACAAAUAGUCAUAAAAAACUACACGUACAAGGAAUUAAGUAUUCAAAUAGAGAAAGAGCGGAAACGAAAUCAACGCAGAUGGAAGAAUACACCAUCGAUUGUUGUGAUGGAUGCAUGUAUUGAAAAGAAAACGAGCUCCAUACAGACAAGAGAAUACCGGAACAAAACAAAAAUAAUUCAGUCACGAAUUUCUUCGCUUCCCUAUUUUUCCUUCUCUUCAUCAACGGCAACGUUUGAAACGUCGUUCGACCGCUUCGAUCCGCCUCAACCUUACAGUUGCGGUGUGUUACGUGUGUGUACAUUGUGUGCCAUCACUCUGCGUGUCUGCGGUAUCGACGCCCACAUUUAUUUAUAAUCUUAUCAAGAAAAAAAAAAGCGAGGUGGAAACAAGUGGGUGGUGGUGGGCAUCUAUAUAGAAAAAAGAAAAAAGCCGAUGGGAAAAACUAAAUAAAACAAACUUGCCGUGUCCAGCAACACAACGAGCUCACAAAAAGGGGGAGAAACAAAAUACAACAAAACGAAAAAUGAGAGUAAAUACAUCGAUCAGGGAAGAUAGUAUGGGGGGUGUCUUCAUCACGCAAUACACUUCUCUUUAACAGUUUUUGUUGCUGCGGUGCGGUACUGACGCGGACGUAAUGUGCGUACGUGUUCAAGGACUUGAACCACUAGGAGCAAUUGAUGGCACAAACUUGGACAAACAAUUGAGGAAAAUUUAAGCGCUAUAGCUGUCAUGAGGUUUCUACUUGUGUUAAAGGGGAAUCGUGUUUUUAUCGGCAUAACUCGAUGGAAGCGAUGGAAAAAUAACAAAACUUGGGCGGGGUUUGUUUUUUGUUUUUUUUAAACAAAAUUUCUACAAGAAAAAGCUGACAAACAAAACAAAUAAAUGUUUAAGGUGUCCAGAACAUUUUUUACGAGUGUAGUAAAGAAAGGGCAUCGGCUUUUCUUGAACGAUGACGUGAAUGAAGGUGACAAGAAAACGUGACUCAUCGUUUGCACAAAUCGCUCACGGUCCGCGCACGUACAAAUGCGUACGGGUCGCUGAUCUGCCGUUAUAGCUAUUCGCGAUGUUAUUUGAUGGGAUAGAGUGACAUUACAAACGGAGCGCAAGAGGAGGAAUACCGUCAAAUGCUGUACACUGAGAACGGGAUUAUUUUUAGCGACCCAUGUCAUUGGAUGACGUUUAUAAUCACUUUUUUUUUUUAAGGGUAUCAGUUCAAAGAGAGUUCUCCACACCGAACGGACAUGUAAUACAGGCACGUACUAUGAUGAUAUUCUUCGAUGCGGAUCGUAUAGAAAGAAAUUCGAAUGAUGAACGCAUCAAUAUGAACUCAAGGAAAGGGAGAGAAAGAGGAAUAUCAUCAUAUCACUUUGCAUACAUGUAGAGAAAGCAGUGAUGACAGCAUGCGAAGAAGAGAUGAUGUUUUUCAAAACAUAUGAUUGUUGCAUGAUGGAGGAUGCGGGAGGAACGGUCGUCACGAAAACGGAGGAGGUCUCAUUCACCAGUUAUUAUUAUAUAUUUUUAUUAAAAUCUUCUUUUCUUCUACUGCAGUUUAGCCCCGAUGUGUCAGCAUAUCUCUGUUAUGUGUAUAUAAUGACAGGUCAAUUAUGAUGUUUUGCGACGUGCAGUGCGAAACCUGCAGUUAUCAAAGAUCCUUUGUGUUAUAUCUUCACAUUUAUUUAUCACUAUUUUCUCUUUCUGUUUUCUAUGCCCCACUCACGGUGGAGAUGGUUCUCAAGAGAACGAUAUAUACAAGAGGAUAAUGAUAAAAGAAUAUCAAAAGGGAUAGGGGGGAAGCCCGUGUGAGUAUAAGUACGUUGAAAAGCCCUGGUGCAACAAGAAUCUAAUCCGAUGCAAAGAACAAGAAGAUGAAAAGAGGGGAGGAAAAAAAAAAUAAAAUAAGGGGGUAACGCCCUAUCGAGCGUCCCAAUCUCAAUUGCUCGAAUCUUCUCGCCUCGAACAUCCAAUCCAACAGGCAUUUUCUACUUUUAUCUCCGCACUCUUAGCUGCUGGCGGAUAGCGAGGCGGACGCGGAAAGAAGAAAACAGAAAUAAAUAAAAGUCCGCUUCUUUCGCACGUAAUUUUCUUUCCUUUGGCUGAUUUUCGUUGGAGGGGUGGGGCCCUUAUCUCAACGGGGUAACCCCAUCACACAACUUAAGGCACUACAGAAACGAUGGAGCAUUCUGUGUGUGUGUGUUUUAUCACGAGCUGCUGGCAAUGUUUCUUUUCACUGCGGGGGCUACAACGCAUAAAAAUCUAAUAGGUGAAUAAUAAUAAUAAUAAAAACUCUGGGCUACAAUGAGCAACAGUAGCUGUCCUCGUGUUUAAGAUGACUAUAGCGUCGGGGUAGAAAUGGAGGAAUCGGAAAAAAGAAUAAAAAAACAAAACACCUGGCCGUUUGAGAAGCAUCUGCCAAUUCUUAUGGCACGCACGAAACCAACAACUGUUUGGGUCGAUAAUAACGUUCAUCAUAUGACGUAACAUUAUUGAACACAAGCUCGAUUAUACUCGACUCACACACACAAAAAAAAAGGAAUUGUAAUCAUAAUAAUAACGUAAAAUGAAAACUGCCGUAUUCAACGAGAACUCUGGUGAAUUUCUUUUCAUCUUUUCUUUCCUCCCCCAUUUUUGUUUUUCUUCAAUAUCUUUAUACAGUUGAUAUGUAUGUAAUAUAGGCCAAGAUUCCCCUACGUAUUUCUUUCUUCUUAUCCUCCACAGCAUAAAUAUAUUAUACAUUUUUUUGUGUGUGUGUGUGUGAGAUUUUUUAUUUUUGGCUACCCUCCGUCUCUUUAUAGUCUGGGACUUGUCAGCUAUAUCUCGCAUCGGCAAGAAUUGGUGGCCACAUAAAGAGAUCGAAGAUGGGCAGGGCCAGCGUGAUUUCACUCCCGUCUCCUUGGCAGAGUAUAUCCUCCUCAUAUUGUGCUAUAGUACGUAAGAAACAGUAUAUCUGUAUAUAAAGGAUAUUGCUAUAUGCUCAAUAUUAUAUGCCUAAAAAGAGAUAUAGCUAGCGCUUGGUAAAAGAGAUACAUCUAUACACUGAAGAGGCUAUUCUGUUUAUGUUAGACGUAUAUAUAUACGCAGCAAUCUCUGUAUUUAUAUAUGGGGGAAGGCAUCAAUGUAGUGGAAUACAUGGACACUGUAUGCACUCUGUGCCAUCUAAAGUGUGUAUAGAUGAGAACAAAUGGGCGAUUGAAAUAAAGCGGACGGGGAGAAUCAAAACGAGCGAUACAGGAGAGCCUAUAGUAAUAUCGAGUUUUUACGAGCAGCCCGUCUUUCAUAGUGACAGUCCAAAAAAGAGGCAUACAGUUCAUGAAAGUUUCUGUUAUUUACCCUCCACCGACGCAGUUUGGAUGCUUAUUCCGUACAUCCAUUCAACCGUUUUUCCUUCCAUAUCUCUUUCAUCUCAUCCGAAUGGGGGGCCAACUAAUAUCUUGUGCUUUACCUAUACGACCUAGAAACUCGUACAUACUACAAACAUCUCCAUCUCACCAGGUCUAAAUAAAGGAAAAGUUGAAUUACAAGUUUGAAAAUUCAACUCGGGGCAAGUGCGGGCAAAGAAAAACACACCAGAGAGAAUAAACUCAAAUGGGUUUAGGUAUAGUGUUAUAGUAUUUCAAUGGGUUUUGUUUCUGCUUCAUUCGGGCACGUGUUACAACUAGAGGGAUUGCGUUCCAGUAUAGCCCUGAUGGAGACCGUAUCCACACGCCGUAUAGUGCAGCGUACGUACGUCUUUUCUGACAGAAUCGGGAGGGGUUGUCCGACAUUGCGCUGUGUAGAUUUGAAAUACAAUGGAGGAAACAGUCGACUCAAUAAUGAUCUCUUGCCAUCUAUACACUAUGAAAAAUAGUAACGGGAGGGGGGAGAAAGAAUCUCAGUCAUACUGUCGUUUUUGUAGGGAUGCGCUUCACAAGACUCACAUGUGAACCGAUGGUUCCUCUCUCCACCGGCAUCAACCGCGCCCUUCAAUUUUCCCCUACUCUCCGUGUAUCGUUGGUGGAUAAGCAGCAGAGGGACAGUCAGGGAUCAAAAGGGACGUCCAUAACGAGGGAAUACACAAACAGAAGAGAACUUUAACCACGACUACCGCCGUCAUUGCAGUUACCCUGACGGUCGUUAUACUUUACGCCCCUUUGCUCCUCUUCUUUUAUUUCUCCCCUCAUCCGACAAUGUCCACCACGAAACGACAGGGGCGACUUAUUGUCCAUCGUUCGAUUCCCCAAUCCUCGGCUAUUAUACCUAUAGAGAUACGAUGCAGUUUCUUUUUUUUUUCGUCUCUUUUUUUUUUUUAUUGGCUAGUUACGAUGAGACUAUAGAAAGAUUCCGGAUCUAACUAGAGAUACGAUGGAAAUACACAGAACUGCCGCUUUUCGAGGGGGGGAUUUUUUGUUGUUGUUCAUUGAUUGAGCCACCCUCGGAUUUUUUUUCGUUCAUCUCUUCAGCUUCGUCAUCAACUAUAUUGCCAGCACCAUGUGCACAGCAGCUGACCCUCUUUUGCUACCCUCUAUAAACGCCCUAUAACGUUUGGGUACCCACCAAACGAGUGUGAGGAAAGCUAUCCAGAGCCGGAAGGACUCGGCCAACAUCAAUCGAAUUUUUUUUUGUGGGUUAAAAAGCAGCUCAACAUGACCUCGUUUCGUUUCGCCUCUCACCCUACUGACUGGACUACGUACUGUAUUUGUAGUGUUAUGUACCUCUGGAUGUGAAAGUGUGAUGAGAUAUUAUUUACAAAGGAUGGAUUGUUUAGUUUUCAAGCCAAAGCAGGGACAAUCUGAUUGAUUGGUCAGCUGAUCAAUGGGUCUAUACAACUCGAACCGAAUGGGACGAUAUGAAAUUUGGGGGGGUUUCCUCCGGCCAGCUGGGCAUCUCAAUACCUUCCGCUUUUUGAUCGUUUGACGGAAGUGCGUGUAGAUGCCAAGUGUGUUGACGACACGGACUCUGUUAUCCCCUCCCCAGGUUUGCCCCUCUUUUCAGUUUCCAACGUUUUAGCAGAGACAUUGGUCGAAGACCUCAUUUCCGCUCGAUUAUUACGCCGGAUGAAAUCGAUUUGAUGUGAUGCCCCAACAAUCCCCUUGGAUCGAUCCUUUCGUCAAGGAUUGAACAUCAAAUGUGUAUAGCGAAACGUAGUAAUUCAACACUUUGGAAUGCUACGAAUGGAGAUUGAAAACGGCAGAAACAUUUCAAUGUUUACGUCGGAAAACUAUUAAACGAAAACCGAUAAAUGGACGUAAGUCCUUCCUUCUUUUUCAGCCUCUCCUGUUGCUAAUUGGCAGUUGAAAGACUUUUGUUUUUCGUUGACAUUGAAAGAUCCCCCCCACCGCAUGCAAAAGGACGAAAAUUCCAGACGUUUGAAGCUCCAGAGUAUUUGUGGUGACACGAACUCACCGACAGAGAUUAGUCUAACCCUCUGGACAAUACUGGGCAGCACGCAAGCAUUCAAAAGCUUGAUGACAGUCCCAAACCAACGGAUUCGACCCUUCAUGUACACGACGAUUAAAAAUAAUAACUAGGAAAAACACAAGGACAACACGUGGGGCUUAUCGAACGAGGGGCACGUCGAUGCUAACACGACAUCUAUCGAAAAAGAUAAUUGGAUUGUUAUCGAACAAAAUCAAUCGGCAGUAGUUUCUAUGGCGCUACCUCGAAAGGUAUUGAACAGUAUAACAUUUUGCGUUAUCCUUCUUUCGACCACAACACGAACAAUUUAAAAAACCGUGUUUUUUUUUUCAAACUCAUAAGCCAAAAGUCGACCAACCUCCUCAAUCAUUAUGUUCUUCUAAUCUUGUCUAAUUUUCGAAUUACACUGGCAGCGGGAAAUCCCGCACGUGCAAUCCCAAUGCCUUCCCUUCGUGGACGCCAGGUGGGUGUUGUUAUACGUCGCACGAUUGUAUUGAAGGCGUAGCACGGACUGUAGCACCGUAACCCCCUGCUUUAUGAAUAUUUAUUGUAUUACUCACACAGUCACAUACUGUACAUACGUUCUGUUGAUUCUUCAAGCCAAUCAGCGAUAUACUUAAAGGCCCCGGCUCAACGCCCUUCCAAUAUGCCACACACGCAAUUCAAGAUGGAAAAUUGGAUUAGAAAGGCUGGCAGUUGUGGAAUAGAGACAUUUCAAACGAAUGGGUGGUACUGAUUCACGUUACAAAGGUGACACAAGGUUCAAUACGACAAAAAGGCUGGCAGAAACAAACGAAAAAAUGGUUUCGGGUGAAAGUGGACCGAAUGCUAGCGCACAUUAAUACGAUAAUAUCUAUAACAAUUGAAUAAACAAAUAUGACAUUUAUAGUAUAAGAGUUUGUACGUACAAAUGCCCAAUGACCUAACGAACAUGGAAGCCAUAUUGGCUAAUCAGAAUAACAAAUAUCAUAGGGUCAUGUUCACCUAUUAAUUAAAACUCAGCGUGAUGUUUCGAUCACAUCUAUCAUGCCCGUUAUGUUCUAGCUGUAUACAGACGCACUAUCCCCAUCGUUCUUGCACGUCUCUUAAUUGAAUUUGGGUGCGGUUUUCAUUUUUGUUGCUUCGAUCAAAUUGCGUUUCGUUAUUACAUUAUCUUUUGACAUGAGGUGAUGGCUCCUGCCCGUUGUGACAAUGCGGGAUACCAAAAAGAGGAAACACUCGUCUCUAGGAGAGAACAGUCAGCCAGGAGGGGCUUCUGAAAAUAUCUAAAAACAAACCCCCCCCCUCUAUGUUUUCAUCUUGUCGUCUCCCUUUGUAGGGUUACAUCUCGCUUCUAAAUAUUUUAUUUGUUAGUUCUUGUAUAUGCAUGUGUCGACACGGGGGGAGAAAAAAAAAAAGAGUAGGUCGUCGUCGUAAAGCUAUAUACCAUCACGAGAAGAAGCCGAGUGACUCGAGAGUUCACCACUGGCCCUUGAGGGUUGUUAACAUAGUUUUCCCCUCGAAUAUUUUUCUCUUUUUCUUGCCUCUCUGUGUGUGUGUGUGUGUGUGUUAUCUUUUUUGUUAGGAGCCAAAUGUUGAAGAAGAGAAAAGACAACACAAGAGGAAACCUUCAGUUUGAAAGAAGAGAAAAGAUGGGCAACGUAACAAUAACAGACACAAACAAAAAGGAUAGAGAGGAAAAAGGACCCCCGAAUUCCCCCUUCAUCCAUUGUUAAGUUGUUUUUUUUUUGUUUUUUUCUUAAAUGCAACAUGGAAAACAAAAUGUGUUCUAGUCUGGUAAUUCCACGUGGAUGAUUCCGGCCGUUCGUGGCCGUGAGCCUGACACACGGAAGAGGUCAUCCUCCCUGCCAGCUCUUGCCCUAUCACGCGGCUCACAUUUUUGUUCCCCCCCCCCCUCUCCCCUUGCAGCUCCUGUUUUUUUUGUUUUUAUGUGGGCAAACAGUGAAAGGAAAGCCCCUAUUGUUACCUAAGGCCGGCUUCUCGAUUUUACACGGUUGGAUGCAACGGCUAUUUUGCAUAGAAAACUUUUAUGUGACUGUAAUAUACGAACCUCCCGAAAGGCCAGUGAGUCCGAAAUUCCUCAACGUCUUGAAAUUUGUCCUAUACCAAUGGGCGUAAACACAAAAAUUUAAUUUAACAGUAUCUGAUACUUGAAAUGAAGUUUAAAUCGAUAGAAUAGAAAGUGUAUCUAUUAAUAUGCCAAUGAUCUGAGGUAUCCUUAUUCCCUCUUUCGUUUUUAGAGUUUGGGCCCCAUAAAGGGAAGUUGACUUACUUUUUUCAGUACUUUAAUUCGUCCUAGACAUAAAAUCAACAUAGUUCAUGCCUCAUUGACACUUGAUGCAUAAUAAAUGCCUACGUAUACGAGUACAAUAUGCAAACGGUCAUAUACCUCAUUUGUUUUUUGUUUUGGUCGUUUCUACUUCCUCUUUUGUCAUGGAUACGGUUUGUUUUCCUUUCUUUGUGUUUUUUUUCUGGUCUAUAUCGUUAUACGUACUGUACGUAUUCAAGUUUAUUUACGCUACUUAUGUGACAGGCUUCUUUUAGUCGGGAUGUUUUCCUUCCCGUCUGAGCUCAUUCCUCGCCCUGGAAGAAAAGAAGACCAAGCGGACAACAAGAGAAAGACUCAAGGAUCACGGAAAAGCUUUUGAUCCAUUCAGAUUGAUGCGCAUUUUCAUAUGGACAUUUCUUCUUUUCUUCUCUCUCUACUUCUCUGCUCUGUUUCUCCUGUAUUUAUUUCUCUCCUUGUAUCACGUCCUUCUUCAAUCAUCCUGUCUUUACGUUUACUUUCUAAUGCCCUGCUUCAAUUAGGAGGUUUCCUUUUAGUGUUAGAUUGACGCUCGAUAACUAAUACGCUUUCUUUCAGUUUUUUGCUCUUCUCUUGCUAAUUCGUUUCGUUUAGAGUUUCUGGCGAGCCAUUAAGCAGCUCUAAAAAUACUGUAAGACCCACCGAACGAAAAAUGUCAGAAAAAUAGCAGAAAGCAAUGAUGGGGAAAGAAGAGGAUUUCCUUGAAAUUCGGCCAACUGGACGCGACAGCCCCAUCUCGGUGAUUUUUUACGAGGCCCACCGCUGUGGGGAGGAUGAAAAAAAAAAUAGGCAAAUUAUGCAGACACAGCAGAAGGGAAAAGUUUGAAAAAGCUGUCUAAACCUAUCGCUGCUUUUGUAUACUCAUUUGAAAAUUAUUUGGGCUUGCCUCGUGACAUGAGCCACCAGCAGCAGACAUCCUCUGUCUUUUUCCCUUUUUUUUUUCGAGAGGGGGGUCAUAUUCGGUUAAAAGGAAGCGAUCAACAUACGCACGCACAUCAUGAGAACGAGUCACUGUACAUUUCCAACAGAUUUUUAUUUUUCCUCUCCAAAAACAAAACAAAACAAAAAAAAAAAGUGAAAGAGAAAAAUGAAAAAAAAAAGAAUCAGUAAAGAAAAACGAGCAAAAUGAGGGCAAAGAAGAAGGAAGAAAAACGAGAAGAAUAGGAAAGAAGAAAUUAAUGACAUGUCAAAGUCAGGCCGGUGCGGUCGUUCCUCGGAAUUAUCUCGAGCUGAUUUGGCUCGUGUUGUGGGAUGGGGGGGACACAAUAUAAAUGAGCUAUCAAAGUACAUCGAACGGUCCCUCUUUUGUCGACUCGAACUUGGAUAAAUGAGCACCGACGUCGACGUCCGUUUUUUAUCGAUCCUCCGCUCCUCACGUGCGCCGCAUUUACCAACCCUCGCCUUCCACGUCUUGUCCUUGUUUCUUUUUCAUCGUCUGGCUCUUUCUUUUUUCCCCCCUUUUAACACACAAUGCAGUAACGCAACCUAUGUUAGAGGGCCAGCUGCAUGUAUGUGUGCGUGUCGUACAAAAUGUAUGAUGUGAAUGCGGGCUGCUACAUCUAUAAGAGAACAUCUUUACAGGACCAAGAUUCGGUGACGACUGACGUGAUGGUCACCGACCUUUUCUCUAUAUCUUUUUUUCUCCGCAGCCAAUUGUGGUGGCUUCUUCCUUUAAUGCCAUCAGUGAAGAUGGUCUGGAAUAAGACAGAGCGACUGGUGUGCGGUACAAAAGACAGCCGCUAUCCACGGAUGAGAUAUGAGAUCUCAUCGGCAGUUGGAAGAGGAGAAGAAAAGAAGAGUUUCGUAACUUGUAGACAAGGAUUGGACCAAACAACGUAGGACAUUAUCAUCGCACUCAUGAAAAAAUUGUGUAUUCGUUUGCGUAUCAAUACUGAAUGAGACGAGAUUCACUGAGAAGGUCAUCGAAGAAUUGCGAAGAAAAAAAGAGGAGCCGAACGAUCCGGGCUCGUUUCUCAAGUCAACUGUACAUUUUCAGUUAUAAAUGAUGUCGAUGUCAAGAAGAAGAAAAAAGGUUUUUUUGGCCCACAAGAAAUACCAGCAGGCACCAGAGGAAUACAUACAAGCUUCUAUAAUAUUCAGACAACUGAUUGCUUGAAGCACUCCUGCUGGCCCCCCAUGUAAGAUUUGUUUUUUUUUCUUGGCUUUUCUCCGGCUGCUGCUACUCGGAUUGCUGCCGCCAGACUGAUGACGGUCCUUUUUACCAGCAGCUUAUGCCUUUCGGUUUCUUCUUUCAUCGUAUUUCCGUUUGAACAGAUGAUGGUGGAAAUAAAAUUUAAAAACAAAAAUGAGUACGAAGAGACCCGGAAAAACAAAAAACAAAAGAUGAAAUAUAAGAAAGAGUCACGGACAAUGUCCUAUGUAUACGGUAAAUCUUGAGUUUUUAGGGAGGGUUCAGCUGAUGUUGACUAUGGGCUGUGUUUGACGCAGUGUGUUACAUUUGAUAUCCGUUUUGGUCGUUUCGACGCAAGUCUCAUAAUAUAUGACGUCUCUACGAGUUAUGAUUACACUCCAUAUGUAUAGUGCCUGCGUGUAUCAUUUGGGAAAAGAGCCAGGCCCCGUUGUGUCAGAAUCAAGUCUCUCUUCCUUAUUUUCAUGUACUUUUUGAUAUUUUAUGCCAUCAUCUCCAUCAUCCAGUUCCUCGGAUACAGCCAAACUCUAUACACUGUAGCGGAUACGACUUGCAGCAGCGUCAAGAGCAUUCUAUAUGCUUUCUUGUUGUUUAUUAUAUUUUAGAACUGUCGCGAGCGUAACACAUUGUACUCGGCGUCAUCGUUGGCUGUCGCUGCGACGUCUCUUUGGGUAUCAUAAUAAUAACACAGCACAAAUCGAAAUCAAAUAUGAAAAGAACAGUAAGGCGACAUGGCGGCCAUGCAAUAAGACAAGUGUGUCUGUCUGUGUGCGCACGAGAUGCCACAGAGUGGCAAGAAAAAAAAAAAAUACAAAUGCGAAGAAAUUGAGACAAAGAGUCAACAAGACGAGAGACAGGGGAUUUGUUCUUUGGGGGCGGUGGAUAUAUGUAGAGUGUACAAAAUAAAAAGACGUUGCCUGCACUUUGCGAAAUGUGCUUUGCAUCCCAGAUGAAGGUUUCCCGUCUUUCGCUCGUUUGACUUUGCUUCUUGUUUCUUUUUCUUCUUUCAGCUUCCUCGGCCUAUAAAAUCCCCAUCGUUGGGGCCCAGAAUAAAAAAAAAAAAAAGGCAAGAAUGAAUGUGUCUACGAUAAACUGUGCGCAGUCAAAAGGGAUAAGGAAACGGAUAGAUAUAUGGGUUCCUUUUUCCCAUCUAUGUACAUUGUGUGUGUGUGUGUGUGUGUGUGUGUGUGUGUUCCGGCUGGAUAUUGCUCAUACUAAUGUCGAGCUUAACAUACAUUGAGAGCUUAUUGCGUUGGUGAGACUCUAGGAGAGCAAAAGAACGGGUCCGCGAUAAGAGAAGGGCCGUGCCAGCGUCGACGAAAUCGCUGCUCGUUUAAUGUUUCUCUUACUGCUCUCACUUUUUCUCUUUUUUCUUUUUAUAUUUCCGUUUCUUCCUGCCCGAGACGACAACACAACGACAGCGCGUAAAAGAAGAAGAAGAAGGAUUCCUCCUUUUGGAGCUAUUACGAGAAAAUCCUUCAAGCCCAUCAGUGCCGUGACUCUGCGAAACGAGAUGGAUUUUCAGCCAACAGCAAGUCCCACCCUCUCCGGAAUUCCACGGGCUGGAUGUCGAUCUGCCAAGCAACGACCUCUGCAUGUUAUAUAUGUAUUAUGACAACAACACGGCUAUUUGGCCUUUUGAUGUUUCUUUCCUAUCUGCGUGUGGACGCCUUUUGUUCCGCCGCCGUUUUUUUUUUUGACACUAUGAAAUGACAUCAAAGAUGUUUUCAUGUGAUAUUCAAUAAAAAUGUUUACAUGUAUGUGUGCCCCACAUUCUCGUCUAUUCCGUGUCAAACUUUCAUCUCCGCCUUCCCCCCCCCUCUAUUAUAUUCUCGCAUAUUACACAUGUUAUACAAUCAAAAA